AUGCCCAGUACCGCCGUGCCGUCGCGCUCUUCCGCCUCGGCCGCCCUGCCGACGCCGAUGCCUGCGCCCUCCUGGUCGAUGAAGCUCGCCGAAGGCAUCUCGAUGCGCGACGCCGCGAACCUUGUGCCGAGCCCCGGCACCGACUGGCGGCCCAGCCGCGCAGCCCACCUCGCCGAGAUUAAGGACGUCACGGCGAGGAGCGGCCAGGCGGCCAUGACGGAGAAGAAGUUUGGCGCCAUCUGGAACACGGCCGCGGCGCUGCGGGCGCAGGUCCUCGCCGCGCUGGAGAGGGUGCCCGACGGCGACGACAAGGCCCGCCUCGCCGUCGCGCUGGUGCCCGUCGAGCGCAAGCAGGAGGACGCCGAGGAGGACCAGCUCGUCAGGGAGGCCGUGGCCGAGAAGAAGGCGGCCGAGGCGGCGCAGCGGGAGAAGCCCAAGGAGGUGCGGGUCGACUUCUUCCAGAGCAGCGCCAGCGUUUCCGUCUCGGUGUUUGUCAAGGGCGUGCCGAAGGAUGUGUUCCGCGCCGAGUUCACGGAGGACCUGGUACGCCUCAGCCACAUCCCCGGCCACGAGCCCUGGUCGAGCUCAGUCUCAAGAAGCGCGAGCCCGUCAAAUGGGGCACACUCCCGCCGUGCGGCCGAUGCGCCGGCUGCCGCACCCGCCAAGGUGGCUGCUGCUCCUGCGCCAGCGCCCGCGGCCGCGGCCCCUUCGUCGUCCCGUACGGGCGCCAAGAACUGGGACAAGGUCCUGGCCGACGAAGACGACACGGAGAAGGAGAGCGUCAACGACUUUUUCAAGACGCUGUACAAGGGGGCGACGGACGAGCAGAAGCGAGCCAUGAUGAAGUCGUUCACCGAGAGCAACGGCACCUCGCUGAGCACCAACUGGGAAGAUGUCAAGACGGGCAAGGUCGAGACGGUGCCGCCCGAGGGCGUCAAUGUCAAGAAGUGGGAGGCGUAG